AUGUUCCGAAGAAGGGGUGAUAGAGAAAAGACAAGUGCAAAGGGAAAUGUUAACGACCCUUUUGGUCUUGACAUCGAUCCAAAUGAUUUAAAAUUUGACGAAUCUGCACUGGAAAGGGAAUUAGCUGAAAUGAUGGGUAGUGAUGAUGGGGAUGAACUAGAAUCUGAUGAUGAACCCAUGUUUAAAUCCAAAUCUACUCUUCCAAAUGACGAUGAGUUGAUUCAGGAGUUACAGUCUAAGUUGGAAAUUGAUGACGAUGAUGAUAGCGAUGGCGAUGAUAAAAGAUAUGAAUCUCACCAGUUCUCCUCCGCUGAAGAAACACACAAAACUAAAUCUGUUGCUCCUCCUAUUCCAUCAUCUUCUUCCCCUGUGACCAGCGAGGACCUUCAAACAAUCCUUGAUAGAAAGCAGGCAUUUGAAAGCGCUAUUCAUUCUUUGAGAAGUUCAAACAAUAUUUCUGAUGCUGACAAUGCAUGUUUGCGCCGAUACGAGCGCCUUCUAACAUCAAUUAACGCCAUGGCAACUAAAGCUCAGAAUAAUAUUCCUAUUGAUUUAAGUGAACUUCCACCCCCACCACCGCAAUCUCAGCCUAACGCUCAACCAUCCGAUAGCCAUCCUUCUCAGCACACCUCAACAAAGAGGAAGACCGGGGAGAAUAUAGUCUUGGAUUAUAUUACUGGCGAAGGCGGCAACAAAGUCUCUGAAAUACAGACGGCAGGAGUUGUUAAACAAUUGAAAGGUCGACUUAUGGAAUAUAAAGCUGCAGUUGCUCUGGCCCAAAAGGAGGGCAACAAGAGGCGUGAAAUUGAGCUUAUGGUCGCGGUUAAUGCCUUAGUCGAAUCUAUUCCUCAAAUCGAGUCAGGUGUAGAGGAAUUCGAUGAGGAUAGUAUGCCUCCACCCCCUGAUCAAUUCUCUCUUCCACCAGAUGUCCUGGCUGAGGUCAUUGGAAGUGCUCAAACGCCACCAUCCAACGACACUCAAUCAGCAACCCCUUCAGCACCGACAGUUCAACCUCAACGUGUUGACCCCGCUGUUGCUGCCCUGGCCAAAGUCGCUGCUUCUACUGUGGCUAGUAAGGAAUCUCUUAUGGCUCGAAUACAAAUGCUUAAGGUUGGUUUGGUGUUUGAAAUUGCAAUGAUUCAAGGUUCAAAUGACCUUCAAAAGCGAAUGUAUCAACGAGCAUUGGACAAUUACUCCAAGGGUCUUCGGGCUUUCGAAGCCGGAAUCAAGUACGAUUAUGGCGGACUUCCCCCUCUCCCUGGAUGUCCACAGUUCACCUCUGCAGCACCCCCUCCCAAACGUCCCUCGGCAGGAGGACCACCAGGAGUGCAGUCGGCCAGUUCCAACCCUUCAACAAGUGGAAUGUCUUCUAACCAAGCUCGUACCUUGGAACUCCUUCAAAAGCGGCAGGCUGAAUUACGUUCGGCUUCCGCACACUUCAAGUCGACUGGAGAUAUAGCCAAGGCGAAAGAGUAUUUGCGUCAAUCACUGGGAAUGAAUAAUAUGAUUAGAGCGGUGCAGGCAGGAUUGACUGUUGACUUGAAGCAACUCCCUCCGGCUCCCGGAGCUCGUGCAGUGAAUUCUUCAUCUUCCGUUGCUGGCCCGGCAAUUUCCAGUCGACCAGUCUUGUCGGGAGUUGCUUGCGACCCUCCGGUUGAGUUUCAAACGGCCUUGAUUAAUGCCGACAAUGAUCCAGUUAAAAUCUGUGACCGAAUAAUUGCUCAGUUGGAAGAACAAGUGAAGGAGGCUGAAACUCUCUCUAAGGACCACCGUGAAGCCGGCUUAUCCAAUCUCGCUGAUAAAUUCUAUGAUUUAGCUGACGUCUCACUCAAGUGGAUAUCUCUAACAAAUGCCUACAAGUCUCGCAAAAAGGUGCCCCAUUAUUCCUUUGAGAAGGCCAACCUCUCCCGUCUCAAUAUGAAUCCAGAACUUGGAGAUAACGUUCUUGAGGUGACUCCCUUGAGGGGAAUAUCAUUCCCUGUUCCACCUGGUAUUAGUGGACCUCAUGGAUUAGAUACUUAUGUCACUAUGGAACUACCUUUUCCCUCAUCUGAAAAUCCCCAAAAACACUCCACUGAAUGGGCUCGUCAUACAAACGAACCUUCGGAUUUUGGUGGCUAUCAAGCAUCGGCUAGGUUUGAGGUUAAUAGAAAGGCUAGAUCCUACGAGCGUCUUUUGAAGGGAGUUAAGGCACUAAAAGUCACGGUCUUUUACAAUCGUGGCUUACUGAAGAAACCGGCCCCAUUAGGAACAAUAACGGUUAAACUAACGGAAUUGGUAGCUAAUGCUACUCAUACUGCUUGCUAUGAGUUGAUGGAUGGUCGAAAAGCAGCUGGUGGUCUUUUGGAGUUGAGAAUAAGACACAGGACUCCUCUUGAGGGAACCAAAUUCAGUGCUUACGAAAAGCCCUGGAUAUCAGCGGCGGCUCUUCAAGGUGACUCACCAUGCGCACCUGACGCGCGCACCACAUUGGUCAGCAGUCAGCACUGCAUCCUCCUCGUCCUAGGCACAUUGGCAACUCAACUCAACGCAACUCAACUUUCCACCACCUGCUUCGCCACCACCUCCAUUGGACCCAUUGGAGGUCAGACGCGUUAUCCAUUGCGCCACGCGCCCACACCCACCCGCAAACUCUACUACUUCUCCCGCAACCAUCCCACACUCACUUUCACUCCCACUCCCCGCCUCUGUGCCCCACUUCCUCGCGCCAUUAUGAGCACUUGGAGGUAG